UGACCUCUUUGUGCAGAAGCUAAUCUCACAUUAGACAUUCAAGAUGACAGAUUAUGAGAAAUAUAGAGAAAAGAGGAUAGCGGAAAAUAAAUUGAAAAUGCAAGAAAUGGGGAUUAAUUCUGCCGCAUAUGAAACUCAAUCAAAAAAGGGCACAAAACGCAAAUGCAGGAGUAAGGAGGAUGAUAUUGAGAAUGAUGAUUUGGAGCGUGAUGAUGAUGCCGAGUAUGAUCCAGAGAUGGAGGAGGAUAAAGGUGAGAUGGAAGAGGAUAAAGGUGAGGAGGAGACCGAUACUACAACCCUUAUACAAGAGGAGGAUGAGACGGUGUCAGCUCCUCAAGCUCAAGGCUGCUUACAAGUGCGUACCGCAAGUGAAAUUGUGAGUCACAAUCCAAAAAAGACAAGAGGGCGACGUCCCACAAAAGGACUUAAAAACAAGGAACCUAUGCACCUUGAAUACGAUAAAUUUGGUCAACCAUGUGGUAAGUGGCGUCAUAUGUAUGGGCAACAAGUUGGACUUUGCAUGCACAAACUUUCCAUUUUGACAACAUGGAAAGAGGUGACGGAGGGUAUGAAGAAGGCAUUGUGGGAAGAUACAGUGAAUUUAUUUCAUAUUGAACCUGAUGAAGCCAAGAAGGAAGUAUUUUUAUCAGCUGUUGCAGAGAGAUUUAGAGACUUCAAGACAAAGCUAGUGAGUGGAUGGAUCACUUUAAGAAGAAAAAGAACCAAGUCUAAGAAGUUGACAGAAGGAAUGGAAAAGGAGAAUGAAGAAGGAAAGGAAAAGGAAAAUGAGGAGGGAGGGGAAAAUGAAAAGGCAUCGGAAAAGCAGCAAGGACCGGUGGAGUUGCCUUAUGAGAUAUGGGAUCAUAUCACAAAAGAGGAUUGGGAAGCAUUUGUUGCCCAAAAAACUACUCCGAAAGCAGUUAGUAGAAAGGGGUGGCUUCAAGUAGAUGGUUUUUACCCGAGCAUUAGCUCAUCAUCGGGGGGAACUUCUAGCUCUACAAUUACGACAAAGAAGAUUGAUCGAGUUUCCGAUUGGUAUUGUUCACUUCAUAGUCGAGAUGCAAGUGGGAGAAGAACCAUUUCUGAUCCGGGAACGAAGAAGAUAGCCGAUGCUGUGAUUAGUAUUUAG